AUGCCCGACCACAAACUGCCAAUAACAAAGCCAGCAGACAUCCUAUUUUAAGCAAACAUUAAAUCAGAAAAUAUGAUGGAGCUGUAUUUUGAAAGUCUGGAGGUGGUCAAAGUGCUGGUGGGCCAACUCUUCCAACUGAACAUACCAGCUAGCCUAUUAAAUAAUGCAACGAGAGCAAUAGAACCAAAGCAUAUUCAAUAUGAGGAAACAUCACAGUUGAAUUAUCAAACAACACUUAAUCAACAAAUCAUGAAGUAAGAUACUACAAGAAAUAGACUAAUUAACAAGAAGAUAAGGCCUACUAAUAUGCUGAGUCUGACUAAAAUAUAAAACUAAAUGACGAAUUUCUAAAAGGAUCCUCAAGCGAUUUUAGUCAAUGUAAAAUACGAUUAGACUCAAAACAUCAUCCUAAGAAAGAAUCCCCUAGUCAUUGAAAAUGGAAUCUGGAGGACUAGCAAUGAUUUAAGAGCGCAUGGUAACUCAGUCAGAUCUCUACAAUACAAAAUACAGCAGCAUAACUUAGCUUAUCAAAAAUCCUACUAAUCACCCACAAUCACAAAGCAUGAUAGCACUAAUUAUGAAUGUCUGUAUCACUUUUUGGGAAUAUUAAAGGAUUAAACUGACAAAAAGUUGAAACAGCUCUCAUCUCAAAAGAACACUAUUACCUCGAAUGUUGAGGAAUUUUCUCCUUUAAAACCCUAAGAUUCCUUCUUAUCUUUGAAUAAAAAUGAACAGCCAUCUUAAUCUGCUUUGAGGAAUAAAUCUAAAUCUUUAAGAAAUUAUGGAAGAAAUUAGAGACCAUUUUCAGCCACUGUGGGUGGAAGAAUUAACCCCACUCAUCAAAAGAAUAACCAAAGCUUUUCUCAAAAUGAAAUUAAUAAGGACAAGCUAAAUACUUCAAAUAGAUCUUAGAACAAAAGAGGAGGAGUUCUCUAAGGGAACAGCCUUACUCAGGCUUAUAAGCAAUCUAUAAAUAACCAGUAGAUGAAUACUUAUAAGAAUUUGAAGAAUAUAUUUGUGGGAAACUCAAGCUAGAUGCUGACUAACUUAACUCUUUAAUCUGAGAAAGACAGAUUUAACUAUCAAGAGGGAUUGCAUCUGCAACAUUAAUAUAUGUCAUCCCCUCAGAGUUCAUUAUCGAACAAGCAGAUUCUUUACACCAGAGUUAGAUCCCCCAAGAUUUAAAAUCAUUCCUCACACACUCCAGGAAUUAAUGGACAUAGCAACAUAUUGAAUUAAGAUUUGAAUUAAAUGCUCAUUGAAGAAGAAGCUGAAAUGCCAAUGAUGAUAAAUUCAGUAGCUGAAAUAUAAUCCAGCACCUAUCACUCAUAAAGAAUUUCAAGACCCGCCUCAAAGUAUAAAAAGAGAUAACUAACUCUUUAAAAAUCAACUUCGAAGAUAAGUUCUGGCGCAGGUGUCACUGGAGUGGGCAAUGCUGGUAGUAAUACAACUCAAAACAAGAAAAAAUCAUCUAUGAACAAGAUAACUAAGAACUUACUCGCUGAUGACUAGAAAGAUAAUAUGAAUAGUUAUUUAAACAGGGAUACCUUUGAUGGAAGUAAGAUUGAGAUGUGGGGUUCUUAGUCUGGAUUAGGAUUUGUUGCUUAGAAUCAGAAUGGACAAUAGGAUUUUAAUAAGAUCACUAAUAUAGGGUGCGGGGGAAGCUAUCUUCUUGAUAUGCUUAAUAACGAUUUAAAUAUAGCUUGA